UGCGCGCGGGCGGGCGGGCUAUGGCGCAGGCGGGUUGCGGAGCCGGCGCUGGUGGCGGGGCCCGUUGCAUGGCGGUCUGUCGGCGGAGUCGCCCUCGGGGGCUGUCAGAUUUGUGACGCCAAAGGAAAUCUCUCACCUCAGCUGUGGCUCUCAGUGCUGGGAAGAAUACAACUUCAUGUCUGAGUGUACGAGCAGGAGUUUGCCAUGGAGAGCUUGGGGCUGCAGACGGUGACCCUCAGUGAUGGGACGACGGCCUACGUCCAGCAAGCUAUCAAAGGAGAGAAGCUUCUUGAAGGGCAAGUGAUCCAGCUCGAGGACGGGACCACUGCAUACAUUCACCAAGUGACAGUGCAGAAAGAACCUCUUUCCUUUGAGGAUGGACAGCCCGUGCAGCUGGAAGAUGGCAGCAUGGCCUACAUACACCGCACACCCAAAGAGGGCUAUGACCCCAGUGCCCUGGAAGCUGUCCAGCUGGAAGAUGGCUCCACUGCCUACAUUCACCACCCCGUGGCUGUGCCAUCCGACAGCACCAUCCUGGCCGUGCAGACAGAGGUGGGCUUGGAGGACCUGGCCACAGAGGAUGAUGAGGGCUUCAGCGCGGACACAGUGGUGGCCCUGGAGCAGUACGCCAGCAAGGUUCUGCAUGACAGCCAGGCUCCGCAUAAUGGCAAAGGACAGCAGGUUGGGGACAGAGCAUUCCGCUGCGGCUACAAGGGCUGUGGGCGUCUCUAUACCACCGCUCAUCACUUAAAGGUACAUGAGAGAGCUCAUACAGGUGACCGUCCAUACAGGUGUGAUUUCCCCAGCUGUGGAAAGGCCUUUGCCACAGGAUAUGGGCUGAAAAGCCACGUGCGCACCCACACUGGUGAGAAGCCAUACAAGUGCCCAGAGGAGCUGUGCAGCAAGGCCUUCAAGACCUCCGGAGACCUGCAGAAGCACGUCCGGACCCACACCGGUGAACGCCCCUUCCGGUGCCCCUUUGAGGGCUGUGGCCGCUCCUUCACCACGUCUAACAUCCGCAAGGUACAUGUGCGCACCCACACGGGCGAGCGGCCCUACACCUGCCCCGAGCCCCACUGUGGCCGUGGCUUCACCAGUGCCACCAACUACAAGAAUCACGUGCGCAUCCACACAGGGGAGAAGCCAUACGUUUGCACGGUGCCAGGCUGCGGGAAGCGCUUCACCGAGUACUCAAGCCUGUAUAAGCACCAUGUGGUGCACACACACUGCAAGCCCUACACCUGCAGCACCUGCGGCAAGACCUACCGGCAGACCUCUACCCUGGCCAUGCACAAGCGCAGCGCCCAUGGCGAGCUGGAGGCCACGGAGGAGAGCGAGCAGGCCCUUUAUGAGCAACAGCAGCUCGAGGGUGUCAGCCUGGGCUCUCCUCUCCCAGCCGCCUCUGCAGCCGAGGAGAACCCGCUACCCAAACGACCCCGCAUUGCUUACCUGUCGGAGGUGAAAGAAGAGGGUGAUGACAUCCCUGCCCAAGUGGCUAUGGUGGCCGAGGAAGAUGGGGCCCCCCAGGUGGCUCUGAUCACUCAGGAUGGUGCCCAGCAGGUCAGCCUGUCACCAGAAGACCUGCAGGCACUGGGGAGUGCCAUCAGUAUGGUGACCCAGCACGGCAGUACCACCCUUACCAUCCCUAGUCAUGAUGAUGACCUUGCUACAUCUGGCACACACACAGUCACCAUGGUCAGCGCCGAUGGCACCCAGACGCAGCCCGUCACAAUCAUUACCUCUGGGACUGUGGUGGCUGAGGACUCAAGUGUAGCAUCCCUUCAUCAUCAACAGGUGGCGCUGUUAGCCACAGCCAACGGAACUCACAUUGCGGUGCAGCUGGAGGAGCAGCAGACCUUAGAGGAGGCCAUCAGCGUCGCCACUGCUGCCAUGCAGCAGGGGACUGUGACCCUGGAGACCACAGAUUCGGAGAGCGGCUGCUGAGCCCGAGAGGGCUGGGUCCCACACCAUGUUGGAAGAGGUGCCAUGCCGUACAGGCAUCCUUGCCUCCAAGGGCCCAGGCUGUGGUUGACACGUGGAAGGCGGCCACACAGGUCUCUAGGGCAAGAAGGCAGCAGGAAAA